CUCUGUACAGUUACUAGACUUAAAAAGAACACCCCUUCAUCCCCCUCUCAAAACCAUCCCCAACCAACCUCCCAAAAUGGACAUAUUCACCCCCCACCCCCCACACCGAACCUUCACAAUCGAAGAAACAGCCACCACCAUAAUCCAAACCCUAAAACAAGCCAACCAAACCCUCGGAGUCGCCGAGUCCUUAACCGGCGGCGGUCUCAUGGCCGCCAUAACAUCCAUAUCCGGCUCUAGCGCUGUGUUCCACGGCGGAGUAGUCUCCUACGCAACGCCCUUGAAACAAGAGAUUUUGGGUGUGGAUGAACAACUUAUUGCCAAAGAGGGUGUUAUUCAUGCUGAGGUGGCACGACAAAUGGCAAAGGGUGCUCGGAGAAUCACGAGCCAUGGGGACAAUAAGACGACGUGGGGGGUGGGAACAACUGGUGUUGCGGGCCCCACGCCGCAGGAUGAUAAACCGGCUGGGACGGUCUAUAUUGGGGUUGCUUCUGAGAGAAGGGUUUGGGCUUGGGGGCCUUUUAAUUUUUCGGGUGGGAGAGAGGAGGUUCGGCGGGCGACGGUUAGGGAGGCGCUUUGUUUGUUGAAGGAUGUGGUGGAGGGGCGGGUGUCGGAGGAUAUGAUAGUAUCUGAGGUUGAAGGGAGGGGGUGA